AUGCUCAAAGAAAUUUAUGAGCAACCUGAAGCGAUUCAACAAACCAUUUCACAAGCCUUAAAUGGCAAUGCCCUACGUGAAGAUUUCCUUGCGAAUGCUGUUGCAGAUUUAUCUCAAAUUCAGCAAAUCCAAAUCAUUGCCUGUGGUACCAGUUACCAUGCGGGUAUGAUUGCAAAAUAUUGGUUUGAACAGCUCAUUGAUCUGCCUUGCCAAGUGGAAAUCGCGAGUGAAUUUCGCUAUCGUACACCAGUGAUUGUCAAUAAUACCCUAUAUGUCUGUAUUUCUCAGUCCGGUGAAACAGCAGAUACUUUAGCUGCCCUGCGCGAUACUCAAAAGCGUGCUACAGCAAAAGGCUUAGACAUCAUUACGAUGACCAUUUGCAAUGUCGCAACAUCUUCCAUGGUACGUGAAACCAACCAUAGCUUAUUAACUCUGGCAGGUCCUGAAAUUGGUGUUGCAUCCACCAAAGCAUUUACCACGCAGCUUGCAGCGCUUAUGUUGUUGGUACUCAAAAUAGAAGGCUAUGCAGCAGGCGAACUUAAACACGGUCCACUCGCUUUAGUUGAUAAUGAGAUGCCAGUGGUCAUUCUCGCACCGCAAGAUGACAUGCUCGAUAAACUCAAAUCCAAUAUGGAAGAAGUCCAAGCGCGGGGCGGGGAACUCUUUGUCUUUGCCGAUGAAAACAGUGGCAUC